UCAGGCCAGCUCCUAUUCAGGCAAUGUGGCUGGGCUACCCUGGGACCAGUGGCGUGCUUUUCAUGGAUUAUAUCAUCACAGAUCAGGAAACUUCACCUGCUGAAGUUGCUGAGCAGUAUUCUGAGAAACUGGCUUAUAUGCCCCAUACUUUCUUUAUUGGUGAUCAUGCUAAUAUGUUCCCUCACCUGAAGAAGAAAGCAGUCAUCGAUUUUAAGUCCAAUGGGCACAUUUAUGACAAUCGGAUUGUGCUGAAUGGCAUCGACCUCAAAGCAUUUCUUGAUAGUCUCCCAGAUGUGCACAUUGUCCAGAUGAAAUGUCCUGAUGGAGGAGACAACGCAGACAGCAGUAAUACAGCUCUUAAUAUGCCUGUCAUUCCUAUGAAUACUAUUGCAGAGGCAGUUAUUGAAAUGAUUAACAGAGGACAAAUUCAGAUAACAAUUAAUGGAUUCAGUCUUAGCAAUGGACUGGCAACUACCCAGAUCAACAUUAAGGCUGCCACUGGAGAGGAGGUUCCCCGUACCAUUAUUGUAACCACACGUUCUCAGUACGGGUUACCGGAAGAUGCCAUUGUGUACUGUAACUUCAAUCAGUUAUAUAACAUUGACCCAUCUACUUUGCAGAUGUGGGCAAAUAUUCUGAAGCGUGUUCCCAAUAGUGUACUGUGGCUGUUGCGUUUUCCAGCAGUAGGAGAACCUAAUAUUCAACAGUAUGCACAAAAUAUGGGCCUUCCCCAGAAGCGUAUCAUUUUUUCACCUGUUGCUCCUAAAGAGGAACAUGUUCGGAGAGGCCAGCUGGCUGAUGUCUGCUUGGACACUCCACUCUGUAAUGGACACACCACAGGGAUGGAUGUCCUUUGGUCAGGGACACCCGUGGUGACUAUGCCAGGAGAGACUCUUGCUUCCCGAGUUGCAGCUUCCCAGCUCACUUGUUUAGGCUGUCUUGAGCUUAUUGCUAAAAAUAGACAAGAAUAUGAAGACAUAGCUGUGAAACUGGGAACUGAUCUAGAAUACCUGAAGAAACUUCGUGGCAAAGUCUGGAAGCAGAGAACAUCUAGCCCUCUGUUCAACACCAAACAAUACACAAUGGACCUAGAGCGGCUCUAUCUACAGAUGUGGGAGCAUUAUGCAGCUGGCAACAAACCUGAUCACAUGAUUAAGCCUGUUGAAGUCACUGAGUCGGCCUAAAUAAUGACUGUGUGCACAGGAGAAUUACCGUGUACCUGAGCCUCAACGUUCUGGGGGAAAGGGAACUACUUUUUCCUUAUCUGUACAAUACCAUGCUGCAGAUGGGUGACAGACAAUGAUAAGAAAUAGCACAGCCAGACUUGCUUCCUGCAUGAUCGUGAUCACGAUAGGGAGAGACACAAGAGAUGGGAAACUGCUGUUCCACAAGGAGUCUCCAUAGAAUUUUGCAGCAGCCAGGUGUCUGGAAGGUCUGGAAGUGAGUCCUGUUCUUCCUUUUUCUUUCAGCAGAAAUGAAAUCCCAGUUGUCUUGGUCCUUCUGACCCCAUCCGUCGGUGCUACUUCAGUUCCUUACCCCUUCCCUUCUGACCCUGGGCGGUGAGAUCCUCUUUCUCCGGCUGGUCCGCGGCAAGUGGCACUCGAACAGGGACCUGAAGCGUGAAGGCAGUUAAAAGAGAAAGAAAGUGCAGGCAAUAGCCUGUUCCUCAUGUACCUUUGGUUUUUACGGACGGUUCUUCUUCAGGAGUGGCUACUGUAAUCAUUGACGACGGAACAAACCUCAUUAAAGAAACUUCCUUGACUUCAGCUCAACGUGUUGAACCGUAUGCUGUCAUUAUGUCUUUUAAACAUUUGCCUUCUAUAUCUUUUAAUUUGUUUUCUGAUAGUAAAUAUCUUAUUAGCUUGUGAUUUCUUCUGGAGACUGCGACCAUAGGACAUACUAAUGACCCUGAAUUAUCAUCCUCUUUUCGUUUGCUUCAACAGCUUAUUCGUUCCCAUGAUGGUCCUGUUGUAGGUC